AGAAGACGUUCUUCAGUCUCGAAGACCUCAUCACGCAUUUUCAACAAUCGGCUGAUGGAAUGUGCUGCAAACUGACCUUACCCAUGCCGUACGCGGCUCCAGCCUGGCCAUCACCUCCAACACAAGGUGAUGGAUACGAAAUCGCAAGAAAUAGGCUCUGUUUUGAAACGAGACUUGGACAGGGUCAAUUCGGAGAAGUUUGGAAAGGAAAAUGGUUUAAUAAACCAGUAGCAAUAAAGGCAAUGAAGUUUGGCAGUAUGCAGCCUGAAAAGUUCCUCGAAGAAGCUAAGGUGAUGAAGCAGUUGAAGCACAGCAAACUUGUGGCUCUCCUUGGAGUCUGCUCCGACCAGCAGCCGUUCUACAUCGUCACCGAGCUGGUCAGCAAGGGCAGUUUGCUUCAAUUUUUGAGAACUGAUGAAGGAAAGAGUUUAAUAAUUUUAGAACUAAUCAACAUAUCAUCACAGGUGGCAGAGGGCAUGUUGUACCUGGAGAUGAAGAAGUACGUACACAGAGAUCUGGCUGCCCGCAACGUGCUCGUCGGCUCUGACAACGCUGUUAAAAUUGCUGACUUUGGUCUGACGGCAAAAAUUAUGGACCUGGACAGGGGUGAUCUGAUGAAAAACGAUUUGGUGCCAAUAAAAUGGACGGCACUGGAAGCUCUCUACCGAAAGCAGUUCUCCACAAAAUCUGACGUCUGGGCAUUUGGAAUUCUGCUCGUUGAAAUUACAACGUACGGACAAACUCCUUACAAAGACAUGAACUCGAAAGAAACGUUGGCAUUCCUGGAAUCAGGUAAGAGACAUCCAAAGCCAGCCCACUGUCCUGAAGAACUGUACGAAGAAAUGAUGAAAUGUUGGAAUAAAAACCCUGAUGACAGACCGACAUUUGAACAUCUCAACGAUUUUCUAAACGGCUAUUAUAUAAAUAUAGAAAAACAGAAUGUAAAUUCUAGUAAUAUCUCUCUAUCAUUUCAGUUUCCUAUUUUUUUAUUUUUUCACCCAAUCAUCCGUAUAGGGUAA